GCUGGGAGGCGGGACAAGUUCUUGGUUCGGAGAGGGAGGGAGCCACGCGGGGAGAAGGCCGAGGAGGUCCACGGUCCAACCGGGAGCGCGGGAGUGAGAGUCUGAAGGCCAUGGUGCAAAGAUAAGGCUGUGAGCUACCCUGUGCCUCCUUCCCAGGGCUGCGAAAUGGAGGAAGGCGGUAGCCCGGGAGGCCUGAUUAAGGUGGUCCAUCUACUGGUCUUGUCAGGUGCCUGGGGCAUGCAAAUGUGGGUGACCUUCGUCUCAGGCUUCCUGCUUUUCCGAGGCCUUCCACGACAUACCUUCGGCCUAGUGCAAAGCAAACUCUUCCCUUUCUACUUUCACAUCUCCAUGAGCUGUGCCUUCAUCAACCUCUGCAUCUUGGCUGCACAGCAUGCCUGGGCACAGCUCACACUCUGGGAGGCCAGCCAGCUUUGUCUCCUGUUCCUGAGUCUUACGCUGGCCACCGUCAACGCCCGCUGGCUGGAGCCCCGCACUACAGCUGCCAUGUGGGCCCUGCAGACCGUGGAGAAGGAGCGGGGCCUGGGCGGGGAGGUGGCGGGCAGCCACCAGGGCCCUGAUCCCUACCGCCAGCUGCGGGAGAAGGACCCCAAAUACAAUGCCCUCCGCCAGAAUUUCUUCCGCUACCAUGGUGUGUCCACCCUUUGCAAUCUGGGCUGUCUCCUAAGCAAUGGGCUCUGUCUUGCCAGCCUCGCCCUGGGCCUUAAGAGCCUCUAGCAUGGACCCUGGAUGUCAAUAAAUGCUUCUUUGGAAA